UAAAUACAUUUUUUAAUAUAGCAUUCUUGUAUUUUGACAUAUGUGGUGAGCACAUUUAUAUACAGACUAACAUAAAUGAUAAUGACAAAGAAUUAAAUACAUAGUUCCCAAACUUACCCAAACUUUAUAGACAACGGGCAAUGUAAAUCUCUUCUCCGACCGGUUCUCAAGACUGUUAACGUUAGCGACGAAUCAAGCUCCAGUGUAUCGGGGAUUCCGUGGGGCGUGUCGGUGAGAAAGUUUACAAUGGAGUCAAACAGCUGAAAGCGGGCUUCCCUCCUGUGCUUAACCGCUACCUCAGCAAAAUAUUCUUUUUUAGUUUUAGCUUUACGACAGUUCGUGUGUUUUCUCUUGCUCUGUAGUUUGCAUUUAUAUACAUUUGUAGAGAGUGUCAUCCCACUAAAUAAACAACUAAAAACAACAAAACAAAAACAACAAAAAACUGACUUUCAGUUAAGUAGCCUAAAAGUUAAAAAGUUGCAUUUCAUCGACCACUCUAAUUUAUGAAAAAUAAAAUGAAAAUAGCAGACUAAAAAUAGUGGAAAUGGCAUUAUGAUACAUUAUAUGACAUUAGGAUUUUUUGUGCACUCUAUCGUUUUUAAUAGCCUUCAAUAGUGUCGUGUUUGUUUAUGUACACAGUAUUUUUAUUUGUUAUUUUUCUGUUUAAAUCUGGUGUUUACAUUUCUAUAUUUUAAUGAAAAGAUAGCAUUUUUAGAACAAAGAACGUUUUUUUUUAACCUGAUGAUGCCAUAAACAUUACAUAAAGCUGUUGUUAUGCAAAUGCACUUUUUGACGUAAAUCAUUUGCAAAAUGUUUCGUUUCUAAAUAUUGUCUGUGAAAACCGUGUGACAAUUAAAAAUAUCUUGUGGAAGUAAUAGUAAACGUACCUAUUCUUGACCGCGAUCGAGCUGUCUCUUUCUGUGGGUGAGGGAAUCCCUUACACGUCAUAUUGCUUAGAUACCGAAAACAAAAACAGUGCUUUCUGGCCCAUAUAUGGGCACCUACGUCAGCGGAACACCAGUAAGAGGCGGAGCCAGGACUCCCUACUUUACAAUGCGUUCUCAGGCUUCAUUCACAAGAGGAAAGCGCUGCUGCCGAAACACCGAACAACCGUCUACUCCCGUUUGUAGUAAACACAUUGCGGAUUAUUUUAUGGAUUUAUAAAUGCACAUUUCAAGGAUUGUACCACGGCCUGGAAAGUGUUAUUGGAAUUUAGAAGUUUCCUCCAGCAGGAAACUGGAUUGAUGUCUUAAUGCAACUGUUUUGGAAAGAGACUAAGGGCAACUUUACGAAGACUCAAAGUAAAACUUGCUACGGUGAUAUCCCGUUUUCGCCGGGCACAGUAGGUGUUUCGGCUUCUCUCGGCUCCACCGGGGAGAUGUUUCAGGGGUUCCCCGGAGACCCCGACACCGGCUCCCGUGGAAGCUCAUCUCCUUCUCUUGAAUCUCAGUACCUGUCGUCCGUGGAAUCCUUCGGGAGUCCGCCCACCACCAGCGCACCGCAAGAGUGUGUAUCUGCCACUGGCGGGGUAGGGGUGGGUGGAGGGACAACUGGCACCGGGGCAGGGGUGGACAUGCCCAGCUCAUUUGUGCCCACAGUGACGGCCAUCACCACCAGCCAGGAUCUGCAGUGGUUGGUGCAGCCCACUCUCAUCUCCUCCGUGGCACCCGGGCAAAGCGGCACGGGCUCCAGCACCAUGACGCAGCCUGUUGCUUUGGAUCCCUAUGACCUGCCAGGCCCAAGCUUCUCGUCUGGUGGAGGCUUCACCCCACCAAGCUCUGAUACUCCUGGCCCGGUGAGACAGUCUCGGAGCCGUCGCCGUGCACGGGAUGAAACACUGACCCCUGAGGAGGAGGAGAAACGACGUGUUAGACGGGAGAGAAACAAACUGGCCGCCGCUAAGUGUAGGAACCGACGGCGUGAACUCACAGACAGGUUGCAGUCGGAGACAGACAUAUUGGAGGAGGAAAAGGCCGAGCUAGAGGCCGAGAUAUCCGAGCUGCAGAAGGAGAAGGAGCGCCUGGAGUUCGUCCUGGUCGCCCACCAGCCCGGCUGCAAGAUUCCCUAUCAGGACCAGCCCCCCGCGCCGCUGCCGCAGACGUCCCCGCAGACGCCUUCGGUCUCCGUGGUGGGUUUGACUGUGAAGGAGGACACUUUCUACCUGCCGCCCGCCUACUCGUCCCACCACCACCACCACGUCCCGGUUUCACAGCCCACGCAGACACAGCCAGCCCCAGCACAACAGCAGCAAGGGAUGAUGCAGGAGGUAGCCUUUUCUAGUUCUUUCUAUGGGCAGGGCCAGCCGGCGCCGGACGGCCCGUGCCUUGUUGCCGACGGUGGCGGUAACCCUGACGCCGGCAGCUACAUCCCCUCAUACACAUCUUCAUUUGUGUUCACCUACCCAGAGGGAGCCUGCGGGGCCAGCGCUAACCAGCGAACCAGCAGCAGCGAUCAGUCCUCUGAUUCCCUGAACUCACCCUCGCUUCUUGCACUUUGAGAGCUCUGCGUCUCUCUGCCUCUGCUUGCCUGUCGACAGCAACGCACGCACACGUUCAAAUUCAAACACGACACCUCUCAGACGUUGUACUGAUCGAUUACAUUAAAGCCUUUCGAUUUGAAACCUUGCGAGGCCCAGAUGCGUUAGCGUCUGAGUGACUUCAUCAAAUGAUGUAAGUGUAUAUUAAUUCACAAUGAAUUCAGGCUUAAUAUCAAGAUGAGUCAUUAGCCCUUACACACACUCACACACACUCACUUAAAUUGUCAUAGACAUUCAAAUCCGUUUGACAUACAAAUAAAAGCACAUCAGCGCACUCCCCCUUGCUUUUAUCUUUUCUCGCUCUGGCUUACAUUGGUGUACCAUCUCCCUCCUUCUCUCUCUAUCCACGCCAGGUGCCUGCUGUGUAUUUGUCUAAGCCAAAAAAGGGGGCACAGAACUGCUUUGUGGGUUUUUCGUUUGGUUUUGUUUUGCGUUCCGGGCUACCUUGCUACCCUUUCUCUCUCCAUCCAGUCCAUCCACACCUCUUCCUGUGACAAAAGGACAUGACCAAACACUCUCUAGCUACAGUACCUAUCUCUCUCUUUUGUUUCUCCCUCCGUUGUCCAUCUCCACAUCUGUUUCUCCUCUCUCCUGUCUCUAUGUACCUCUGGUUCUCUCGGAAGUCUUCGGCCCCUGAGAGCCCGUUGGACCCUGAAAGCCCAUGGAACCUUGAGUGAGAGCCAGCCCACACCCCAACACCACAAAUUCCCUUCGCAAGGACCGGCCCACAGUGGAACCUCAGACAUUUCAAAAAAAUCUAAACGAACCAGCCGCAGCACGCAGAUCAAAUGCCAUCUCAAGAUGCCACCACGCUGGCUUAAGGAACGGGACUCUUUGUUUCUCCUCAGCACUGAGGAUUUGAUUUUGGAUGAGUGGAGACAUGCUGGCUAGACUUUGGCAAGGCCAGUGGAGGAGUUUUGGAGAGCCCUUGGAAUGUGGAGGUAUGAGAUGGUCCACUGGUCCUCUGAAAGCUUUCGCACCGUGUUCGCCCUUUUCCCUGUUUGUUUCAUUCUGUGUUUUAAUGAUAGUAUUAACUCUGAUUUCAAAAGUGGCUUAUCUGAUGAUAACAUACAAGAGUGGCUCGACACUCUGUGUUUGAAGAGCAUUAUAAAGAGCAACCAAAAAAGAAAAAAAAAAUGAAAAAAAAAAAAAGGACAACCUCUUGGUUUUGGAUGAGUGGCCUCUGUGCUUUCUUAAAGUCCUUGACAUAGUCCUUGAGUUGUGGAUGUGGUUUAGCACAGCUCCAGGCUUUGAUUGUGAAUGGAAGCCACAGAGUACUACAUCUCCAGUUGAUUUCUUUCUUUAAGGGGGUUGUUGUUGUUGAUGAUGAUGUUGUUCAAAUGGAAAAAAAGCACAAAUGCCGGCUGCGGAUGGAAGGAACACGAAACGGUGGCCAACCUAAAGGACGGGAUGUGCUUUUGAAUAUGAACCGUUUACUUUCCUGUGAAUGUUUUUGAUGUUUUGAGUUACUGAUUUUUCAUUAUGCUUUUUCUCUUUUGCUCUUGAUUGUGUCGUUGCUGCCAAAUGGAAGAAUUUUGUGGGGCUGUUAGCUGCUCCUUCUAUCUGUUACUGUCGUCUUACUGCAGUUAUCACGAAUAUUGUUAUUAUGGUUAUUAUUAUUAUUAUUAUUAUUAUUAUGAUUUCAUAGUUAUCUCAUGUUGGCAACUAAACAGGCAUGUUGUGCACUAUGAAACUUUUUUAUGUCUAAAACUAUAUAUAAAUAUAUAUAAAAAUAUAUAUUAUGUAUGCAUAUAUAUACAUAUUCAGUGUGUAUAUAUAUAUACAAUGAUUGUAAUGUAAUGUAUGAAUGUUCAGAAAAUGUUAUUUUUGUCAAUGAAAACAGAAGGGAGAGCUUGAUGCACUUGGUUUUGGUUUAAACAUAGAUAUUUUUCUAAAAGAACAAAAAAUAUAUUAUAAUAAACAAUAACAGCCCGCCUUUCCCUUAAUAUGAAAAGCAUUGUCACUGCCUUUCAUUCGAAAUGUGUAACAUGUAUGAUGACUGUAUUGAAACUGUGGUGCAUAUAUGUAUCGCAGAUUUGUGCUAUGCUUGAUUUGCAAAUGAGGUUGUUCAUCAACCCCUGUGGACAAAACACACUGGACGCAAAAUAUCUAUAAAUGCAUAAAAACAUCAAUAAAUACGCUAAAGAAAAAAAACAAAGAAGAUAUGAAUUGAGUGUCUUAAUGUAUUCCAAAUAUUCAGCUGUGUUUCUCAAGCAGUGUGUUGCAUUGAUUUAUCAUGUCCAGUGUGUGCUGUCUGCCCUUUGGCUUUUGCGUGCGUGUGAUAUUCAGGGCUUGAUGGACAACUUUCAACCAGCCCUUAUUAAUUCAUGCGUGCCGACGUCAUACACAGAUGGGAAGUAUUUUACAAUCAGACGAGGUCCAUUGUUCUUGACUUUGGCUUCAGUGUGUGGAGUAUUUUAUGGGGUGGAAAUGAUAAUAUUUGUACAGAUGUUUAAAUCGAAAUGCCUUUUCAUGCUACAUUUAUAUACACAGGUGCACCAUUGUCUUGUUGGUUGAAUUUAGACCCAGAGGUUCAAAUUUAAGCAGAAAUGGAGACAACUGCGUGAGCUCUGUCCAACAGAGCCAUUUGAUGAUAUUAUGUUCUCAUUCGCCAUUGAAAACUGAAUUAUGGUGACGUAAUGAAGCCAGAGCUGUGAUUUCACAAAGCGGGACGUUUUUAGAAAGCACAGCUCCAUGCUCCAUUACACUGAUAUCAGUUCAACUUUUCUUCAGAAGACUUUAUUGUGUGUCACAACAGUUUUAUGUUGUUUUUAUUUUUAUUUUUUAGCUGUUGGUGCUUUUGUUACUCCUACGCCAAAACAUUUUGUUACUGUAUCUGACUCUGAUAUGAUAGCAUAAGGAGAUGUUGGUUAAACGAUACAGUAUCAGUGACUCUGUGGUCUUCCACUUUGCAAAAACUCCUUGUUUAGAUUGAGCUGUGCUAGCUAGGAGCGUCCUAGGUAUUUUCAAAUUCACACAGUGGAAUGCAAUAUAUCAGAUACUCUAUGAGAUCCAUGUAGCAAAUCAACUGAAUUGUAUGAUGAAAGUCGUUCCUUAUGCUACAGUGUCACAGUGAAGAAUUGAGACAAUUUGUUUUGUCUUUCCAGUUUACCUUACAUAUGAUUUACUCUGCUGAGACCUCAAUGACGGAAUGGUUAUUAUGCAUUAUGAAGAUGUAAAAUGUCAGUACCUCUCGGGUUUAUGAUAAGCGUCAUUUGAUAGGUGAACUUUUUCACUUUCUAAUGCACAUUUGAAGAUUGCCUUCAGUAUAAAAUGAGUGAAAUAUCAGUCUAAUGUUACAACCACUUGAUCAAAAAAUCGAAAAGAAAGAAGGCUGACCUGUUUUUUGCCUUUUUUGAAGGGAAAUGAAAGUUAGUUGUAAUAAGGAUCAUCACAUGACAUUUCAGAAAUUAUAUGGUGCUUUUUCAAUACUGUUUGUCUUUGUAUAUUCUUGAUUAAGAGUGCCGAUGACAAAGGUGUCUGGGAGAUUUGACGUUAUGGGGUCUGGACACUCGUGAUUUUUAGAGUGCUCGCCAUGACUGCUCCAAGUUCUCAUAUUGAACAGCAUAUUUAAUACAUACUGAACAACCCUUGUGAAUUAUAUAAUCCGCCGUUCUACAUCUUUCUCUUUUCACCCUUUCUCCAUUUCAUUUCACUUUAUGCUAUAUUUCUAGCCCUUUAAUGAAUGGAGAAGGACAUUUCAUAUUGUUACAUAGACUGUGAAAUCUUGGUGUACUGUCCUAUCUAAAUAUCUUUGUAUGACGUCCAAUUUUCUUGUAAAGGAAAUGUCUACAAAAUAAACAUAUUCACAAAGA